UUUUCGCCGGACUACGGUAAGGAUUGGUAGCAAUUUUUUACGGUGACCUCCUCUGAGCCGAACCGAGGGACAUGGAAAGGAUUCAGUGGAGGCCAAAGGAGGGCCACGGAUAUCACAAGGGCCAGGACUAGUGUCAGAUUAUUAACGAAUACACGACAUCUGGGAGAACCCGCCACCGGCCUCCGGAGGCAUUGGGGUCUAUACCCACCCUCACUAUCAACAUGGCCCCUGACAGGGGUGAUAAUCUGAGAUUCUUAGACUUGAAUAGAUGAAGGAGCCAGUGGGGAAAUGGAGACAAAUGUAGCCUUAGGGUUAGUCCUACUAAGGCCUAUGCACUAUAGAAAUACUCGCAUGACAUUGGGGCUGAAAAACAGGGGGAAAAAAAAUCUUAGGAUUUAGUAUAAACUAAUCUACAGAGACCAAAAGCUUAAUGGUUACGUGACCAUGAACGCUUCCAGAUUUAUAAUGGUUUUCACACUACAACAUUCAACUGCAAGCUCCCAACAGCCAUCGCCUACAAAAUGGCGGGACAAGAACAUGACAAAGGCCCAAUGUUAAUGGGAGUGAUGUGGUCAUUGUCUAGUCUGGCCACAGUGAUUGUCAUCGCAAGAAUAUUCAUUCGACAAGUUGUGCUGCGCAAUCUAGGGCUGGACGAUUGGCUCAUUGGGAUCGCUAUGAUUCUAGGAUUACUUUACGUUGUGACAACCACGAUAUCUGUGGCCGCUGGCUACGGUCAACAUUUCUCUGCCCUGCCACCGGACACCCGUGAGAGAGCAUUGAUAUGGAACGUGAUAUCAUUUAUUUUCGGAAUUCUUUCCUUCGCGACGCCCAAGUUAGGUGUAGCUGCCCUCUUAACCCGCCUCCUGAACCCUAGUCGACUCCAUAGAAUGAUCAUAUGGGGUCUGGUGGCCGUGGUCACGGCGGUGGCUUUGAUGAACAUCAUUAUCUACAUCACAACGUGCGACCCACCGCAAGCUCUAUGGAAGACUGAACUGGCCCUGAAUGGUCAAGCAUCAUGCAGAGAUGUCUGGAUUCUGAUCAACUAUGCCACAUUCAAUGGAGUCUUGUCCGGCUUUGUCGAUAUGUUCCUCGCCAUCUACCCAAGCACCGUCUUAUUUAAACUUCAGAUGUCUCUACGGAAGAAGAUUGCCUUGAGCACAGUCCUAGGCCUAGGUUCUAUUGCUGUGGCCAUUGCUGUGGUUAAAUGCGUUCAGUUGAAGGGCCUUGCUGACAAAAGCGAUCCUACUUGUUCGUUGACCGGAACUCGCACGAUAAUGAAAACCAAAGCUGACAUAACAGACGCCACCGUACCACUCGCUGUCUGGACUAAGACUAACGUUGAAUCGAACAUAGUCCUCCUCGCGUCUUGCAUUCCCACCUUACAGCCUCUGUUGGAUAUCAUACUAGGGAAGCGCAAACUGUCCUCGUACAGCCGAAGCCAUACUUGCCAUGAGAAUUAUCAACAGGGUAGCGGCAGUCGUACGUUUUGGCGGGAUAGACGAACUGCAGCCGGUAAGCAGGCCUUAACGAUUACCACCCUGAUAGAGCACCACAGCCAGGAGAAUAUCCUUCCGGCUCAGGAUACUCGUGGGCCCUUGCACAUCCACCGCACGGACGAUGUGACGGUUGAGUAUGAGAUGCAGACGAAAAGUCCUUCGGUUCAAAAGGAUGACGCACCGUGACCAAAGGUUGCAAUCGUGGGAUAUAUCUAAAAGUUUCAACAACGGAGUGAUGUGUGAUUGCUCAGAUUACCCGGGAAUCUAAUGACAGCAGAGCAUUAUGAGAGACCGACAGACAUACCCAAUGACCAAUCUCGUAUC